CAUCGUACAGAAGAAAUCGACUUUCAUUUGCCAUAGCCUCAGCUCGUAAAACCCAUCUGUUACUGAAGAUUAUACUGCAUUUCCUUGCUGUUACUGAAGCUCAUAAUCAAGCACCACAAUCUUCUUCUUUGCCCCUCCACCCAACAAAUCAGGCCACUGAUGAGAAAAACCCUCGAUAAACCCCUUCUCACCUUCACACCAUCUCUUAUACCCCAACACCACCACUACUCCAAUGCCAAACCCCCUGCUCCCGUACCAAAACCCAAAAACCCAUCUGCAAAAUCACAUUUUAUCUCAAAUUCCAAGUGGGUUUUCCCGAAUACCUCUCCUCUCCCACCGCCUGAAUGGGUUCAACCCUUUACUGACCUCUCAGACCUGAUUAAAGACCCCAGAAACCUCCUGCCUUCCCCAUGGGUCCCUCAAAUUCUCAAUCUUUUAGAUGGUUCACCAGCCAUGGAGCAGAAUUUAUCCACUUAUUGCCACAAGUUCUUGAUCAAAUUGUCACCAAAUUUUAUUGCUUUCUUGCUAAAAUCUGAGAAGCUUGCUGAGCAGAGUGUCAAAGAUACCGCCUUUCGGCUUUUUGUCUGGGCUGGUAAGCAAACAGGCUAUGCUCACACUCUUGAUUGUUAUGUUUCUUUGAUUGAAGUUUUGUCUGUUUCAAGUGACUUUGAUAGAAUAAGUUGUAUUUUUGGUGAAUUGAAAGAUAAGAGCUUUUUGAUAAAUGUGAAUGCUGCUAAUUCUUUGAUUAGGAGUUUUGGGAAUCUAGGAUUGGUUGAGGAGUUGUUGUGGGUGUGGAGGAAAAUGAAAGAGAGUGGUGUUGAGCCUAGUUUGUAUUCUUAUAAUUUUCUGAUCAAUGGGUUGGUGAAUGCCAUGUUUAUUGAGUCAGCCGAACGGGUUUUUGAGGUUAUGGAAGGUGGGAAGAUUUUGCCAGACAUUGUUACAUAUAAUACGAUGAUUAAGGGGUAUUGUAAAUCAGGGAAGGUUGUGAAAGCCAUAGAGAAGUUUAGAGAAAUGGAGGUGCAAAAUGUGGAACCAGAUAAGAUCACGUAUAUGACCUUGAUUCAGGCAUGUUACUCAGAGGGGCAUUUCAAUUCUUCUUUAGGACUUUAUCAUGAAAUGGAGGAGAAAGAAUUGGAGGUUCCACCCCAUGCCUAUAGCUUAGUUAUAGGAGGACUUUGUAAAGAUGGAAAAUCUUUUGAAGCAUAUGCUGUUUUCGAGAAUAUGUGUCGUAGAGGAUCUAAACCUAAUGUGGCUAUUUAUACUGCUCUAAUUGAUUCAUAUGUUAAGAAUGGGAACCUUGAAGGAGCAAUGAAGAUUUUUGACAGUAUGAAGCAUGAGGGUUUUGAACCAGAUGAAGUUACAUAUGGAGUCAUUGUUAAUGGUUUAUGCAAGAAUGGUAGGUUAGUUGAAGCCAUGCAAUGGUUCGAAUAUUGUGAAAGUAAUAAUGUCCCUAUUAAUGCUGUGCUUUACUCAAGUCUCAUUGAUGGCCUUGGAAAGGCAGGGAGAGUAGCAGAGGCUGAGAAGCUGUUUCAUGAGAUGGUUGAGAAGGGAUGUCCUCAGGAUUCUUAUUGUUAUAAUGUGCUUAUUGAUGCCUUGGCUAAAACUGGGAAAGUUGAUGAAGCUUUGGUAUAUUUUAAGAGAAUGGGAGAUGAAGGUUGUAAUCCAACAGUCUAUACGUACACAAUUUUAAUAACUGGCUUGUUCAAAGAGCAUCGCAAUGAAGAGGCCUUAAAGUUAUGGGAUGCAAUGAUUGAUAAGGGCAUAACUCCAACUGCUGCUUCUUUUAGAGCUCUUUCAACUGGGCUUUGUCUUUCUGGUAAAGUUGCAAGAGCUUGUAAGAUUUUGGAUGAUUUGGCACCAAUGGGUGUUGUCCUGGAGACAGCUGUUGAAGAAAUGAUUAAUGUUCUAUGCAAAGCAGGUCGUAUAGAACAAGCUUGCAAGUUAGCCGAUGGGGUAGUUGAUCGUGGUCGGGAAGUUCCAGGUAGGGUUCGCACUAUUUUAAUCAAUGCCUUGAGAAAGACAGGAAAUGCAGACUUGGCAAUGAAAUUGAUGCAUAGUAAGAUUGGUAUAGGUUAUGAUAGAAUGGGAAGCAUUAAACGACGAGUAAAGUUUCGGAUUCUGGUUGAAGAUUGAUUCUUGGGUUGUGGCAAACUUUGUAUGAAAUGAAGUGUGGGUUCUUCACUGGCUACAAUAUCUCAGAGCUUGCUAUCGUCAAACGAAGCUCCAAUUUUUUAAAGCUGACUGAGCCUUUACCAUGCUUCUACUUUGUUGAUAUGCCCUCUUUCUUCAGUUAGACCUUGAAUGGUCCGGUAAUCAGGUUCUCCUAAUAUAUUUUUCAGCAAAUUCUAUGGUUUUAAUAUGCGACUUGGUUUUGAAGACAUCCAAAGCAUUCUUGGUGAUUGAUGCUUACCUUAAAAUUUUGGGAAAUUGUUCUGAAGAACCGACGUUGAGUCCCAGCAAUAGUGAAAUAUUAUUUGAUGCAUUUGAGAUAGGCUUAAUUAAUUGAAUCUAACUAGUAGUAACAUUGUGCAUAAACUGUUAGAUAAGAAUGGCUUUUUUUAUUGCUGGCUAGAUAUAGAGGAUACAAGAUAUUGGCAUGUUUCAGCUAUUUUAUUUGUCUUCCUAACAGACAGGAUGCAGUGGCCAGAAAAAAGAUAUUAAUAAUAAGUGAAGCAGACUUGAGAAUGUUUCAUUUAUAGAUCGUGUUUUCAUUUUCCUUCAGAAGAAUGUGCUGUAACCAACUAGGCCCUGGCUGAAAAGGUUUUAAAGAGUAGAUCUGGUAUAAUCUUAUUUAGGGUACACUCACGAGAUGUCUGCGACUAAGUUGCUUGUAGAUUAUAAUCUUGUUGCACUUAGGAAUGGCCUUUGUUUUUCAGCUUCUUAUAACCAUCCAAGUCAGCCUACAACUGCAAGAUUUAGAAAGGACUAAAUGUAUGCAAGUUUCCUCUGCCUGAUUUUGAACCAUGGAGACCAUGGUGAAGCAACCUUGUUGGUAUGUCAAGGCACUCUUAUUUACUCUUAACAACUUAUAACAAUUUUAUGCCUAAGUACUGAUAAUCUCUUAAUCAUAAUUUAAACAAAUAAUCUCAUAAUACGUCAUGCUGGAGUGCUUUUACAGCUUAACAGGUUGCCUCUGUCACUUCAGUGGUUUAAGUUUUUGCUUGGUAGAUGUUGCCUAGUUAGGUUUAAAUGUUACUUAAGCUGUUUCCUCUGUCUUUGUCAUUUUUAGUCUUUAAGAAUUUGGUCUUUACCCCUAAUUAUCAGGCUGGACUGAUGAUGUGUACUUCAUAGAGACCUCACUGCAUUCUAAUGGUAUUCUGUUAAGUUAAUGGCUAACAUAAUGGUACUCUGUUAAGUUAAUGGUUAACAUAAUGGAGUUUAUGAUUCAUCUUGCUCCUUUUCUAAACUGAGGUGCAAUGCCUCAACAAGUUGUUGUUCCACUACUAGGCUAAUUUGUCAGUUUUUGGAGGUGCUGAUUCUCCUUUCUUGGUAUAUCACCAGACGCUAUUGGUCUUUAUAACAGGAGUAUUGGAGUAAUAUGUUGUAAUGGCACAUGAGGUGGACUGUUAAGAUGUUAAGCCAUACUAUUGUUGCCUUUUUCUAUCUUGUUUUGCCACUGUUCUACCAUUCAACAUAACAAUAGGCUAUAAAAAGCAUGUUUUUAGAAUACAGACAUUAGGGAAAAAAAAAAGUAAAUCGAUGACUCUUUGACCCAUGAUUAUAUUCAUUUUAAGAAAGAUCAAAGAAUAAAUUAUGCUAGAGAGUCCAGAUACUCCAGCAUAAUUUGAAGAAUAAUGAUAAUAGCUGCACAUGUAGCACUGUAGAAUUGGUUUUCACACUGGGAAAAGUUUUUUUGGUUAAAAUUGUUUCAGAAAAAUAUAACCAGUUUGCUAAAUUUAACUCGAGGAAUUUUUAUUGGUUUUUUGCAAUUGACCAACAUUUCAGCAAUUUAUUGACGUGUUUCUCUUGUGCAGUCCCUGAGUUGAUAAUUAGAAUUUCAUCUAAAAGUCUUUUGCCAUCUACUAUUAAUGAUGUUGUUGGUCUCAUUAGAUGGUUCAUUGAUGAAGAACCAGCCAUAAGAAGAGGUAAUGACCUUCACUCAGCCUUUGUUCCCGACCAUAUCUGCCUCAACCCACUCUCAUAGUUCUGAGCAAAGGAAUAAUUGUAAUAGUAAAAGAAGAUAAAUGGUCUUCAUAAGUGUGCUGAUUUCAGUAUGAUUUCUACUUGGUAAGAUUUGCUUUGAAAUAGUAAAGUCAAAACUUAUCCACUGUAAGAUUGUUGCUGUGGCUGUUGCACUUUUUACUAGCAAUUUUGAGUAAGUUUUCAAGGGAUAUUCUAUAGUGUGAUGAACGACUACAGUGACAGCCUGGCUUCCAGGUUAAAUAAUCUGAUAAUCAUGCACUGCAAAAUAACCAUUAUCAUCUUCCUGAAGGAGAAGGAGCCCUUUCCAAGUCUUUCCUAUUGCCCAGGGCAUAAUAUACCAUAAAUGCAAUUAAGUUCUAUCUUUGAGUAUAUAUUUCCCAUUUUAGUUUUCAUGUCUACCUUUUGCUGCAACAGUAGUAUACUUUUUGUAUGCGAAGAACAAUACUUUGGCAAAUUUAAAGGGCUUGAAUUGCUGAUUGCGAAAACCUUGAUGGAGGAAAUUUUUGUUCCACGAGAUAUGCUCCAAUUUGUUAGUAUUUUCACUGGCAAGUUGUAUUGAGUGUGAUAUCUCAGCAUUAGUUUGAAGUCAAGUUGGGCUGCAACAUGAUAAUAUAUUUAGCAUUUAGGUUGCUGUAGUUCAGUUACAUUUUCACCACGAAAUAAUUUGCAAGUACAGAACAAAACCGUCUUUGCCUUUUUUUUUUUCUUUUUCCCUGCAAGGGUGGUUGGGGGUUUGGGUUAAGCCAUGUUUGCCAUUCUUAGAUGGAAAUAUUCUUGAUUUCAUUAAAUCAAAACACUUGUGGUACAGAAAUAGAUGUAUUCCCAUGUUAUGCUGAUCUUGGCUCGAUCUCACUAUUCUGCUCCUUAGGUGUAUAUUUGGAUUUCCAAAUUUCAACCUUCAACUUUCUACUUGAUUGUAUCAUUGUGAUAAUGGAAUAAUUUUGCUUCUUAAAAAUUUGAUUUUUUUUUUGGGGCCCAAAAUACUCCCAACCGCUGUGUAGUUGGGUCAUACUUUUGUUGUUCUACCCAUCCAUCAAUGAUCACAAAGGAAUUACUUGUAAUGAUUUCUGUAUAUUUACUGUGUGGGCUCUCCUCUUAAACACAUGCUUGUAUAUUUCUGGUUUACUUUAUUCCCUGUCUUGGAAUGUGCAGCUUUACUGGGGAUAUGUCUUAACAAUAAACUGAUACCAACAUAGUAAGCAGGACUGUGAAUUCGGCAUGAGGUUGUCUUGCAUGUUUAAAAUUAUUGAUGUUGGGUUGAAACGCCAUCUAUAUCAUUACCAAAUAAUGUAGAGCAUGUAGUAGCUUACCUAUUGUUUUAUAUUCUCAGGAUGAUGGAGGAGGAAGGAUGCUGUACAUCUGGAGACAAAUGGUGCAGAAUCACAAUAAACAGAUGUUUCAAGCAUUAGAGCAUAAACGGUAAUUGCAUGUGACACCACGUGAUAUUGUUUGAUCUUCUUUCCAAGAUUGGAAUGAUCUUCUUAUAUGAUUAGGGCGAUGCAGUGUGUGGCCAGGUGCAAUGUGAUCUGGUGGAUUCCGAUUUGUCCAUAAUGAUUGUAUGGUACCUUGAUGUCUACAGGACAUGGCUUGCCCAAUAGAGUGACGAGUUGCUUUCGGUAUAAAAGUAAAACAGGUGGCUGUUGUGGAAGAUUUCCUUCCAUGAUUUACCAUGUCUGGGAUUCUCAGGUCCAAUAUAGCAGAGAACGGCGGAUAUUCGUCUGUCAUUUGGCAGUUGACAAGACAUGGUUAAAUUGUUUUCUACACUGAAGGUAUUGGUACAGCUGCGCAUGGUGGGGAAUGAAGCUCACAUCUGAAGGUUGUCAGCUGCCCUGCUUGUAUGCACAAACAAAAGAUAACUGUUGAAUCAGCUGGGAGUGGAUUUUGAGAACAAAGUAUGGUAGUUGUAAUUUGUAAAUGCUUGUUUCUCUUCUGAAAGAGAACUAAGAUCCGGCCUUCCAUAAUUGAUGCAAGUAGUUGUGUGUUUUGCUUAACAUUUUCUUGAAGAAAUCAUUGAAGAAAAUGAUUGUCCAAGUGGCCAUUUUUCCUUCAUCAAUGACGUGGGCUUGAAUCCUUCACUCACAGGAUGUGGUGCUCGUUUUCCUCCUCCAAUGAAUGGCUAUGACUUGAGAGUCCAACCCACUGUGCCCUUGUCUCCACUCUCCAACAACUCUCCAGCAAUGUAUAUGAAGAAUAGCUAAGUUGGUAAUGGCUGCCUGGUAAAUGUUGCUGUCUCAAGUGCCCAUUAUAGCAAGAAUGUUGUCCAGAUGGUGACAUUAAAGGGUUUGUUCCCCUUGUUCUCCAUGAAAGAUAGUUUUGAUCAUAGGUCAGAAAAUGAUGAAAUCUUAGUACAAUUCUUUUUUUUUUUAAAAAAAAAACCCUGAAAUUUUGGAGUUAUUGAAGAAAUUCAAGUGAAAUAUAUUUCAAAACAAAUUCUGUUA